GUCACCAAGUACUUUAGUCUGAGCAUAUAAAAGAGGCGAGGUACAUCUCUAGAGGGUUCAGAAAAUUACAAAGACUGGAAGGGAAUCAAAGCAUUGUAAGAACCAUACCGGUUAAGAGGCAACAAACAGGUAUACAGUACUUCCCUUUGUCUAGCACAUGACACAGAACUGAACAUGUGGACUUUGUUACUUGUAGUAUUUGGUACUGGAUCACCAGCUCUACUUCAGGCAGCCCCGGUUCAGGGUUCUAGUGGCAAAUGCAGCUUUGCCGGUGUUUUCCUUGUUGAGGGAACCAGCCGUUACUCUCUAACUUUCCAACAGGCUUUGGAAUUGUGUCAGAGUUUAGGUUACAAACUCGCAACACAGGAACAGGUCAAUGAGGCUUAUAAAAAAGGCUUGAGAACAUGCAGAUACGGCUGGAUAGAUGGACAAAAUGUCAUGUUCCUCCCACACGUUAAUGGUCCAAAUUGUGACUCCAGUUCCACUGAGAUCACCUUCCGUCCCGAAGCAGCAGAUUAUCUUUCUGAUGUCUACUGCUUUAACCCAUCAGAUGCAUCACUGAACUGUGAUGAUAAUGGUAAAUCUAACUCUGAGGGCUUUACCAAUGGAAACACAGCCACAUCAAAUGAAAAAACAGAUGAAGACAUCCUUACGGAGGUCGAAACUGAAGGCUUUCUAGUAGAUUUGGAAGAGAUCAUGGGAAGAGUAAGAAGAGAAACUUCUUUUAAGAAACUGGGGUAUCUUACUGGCAAACACUAUAAAAACAAACAUGCUCCAAACAGGUUUUGUCUUAUUGACUUUUUAUUUCCCUCCUACAAAGAUGCAUCACUGAACUGUGAUGAUAAUGGUAAAUCUAACUCUGAGGGCUUUACCAAUGGAAACACAGCCACAUCAAAUGAAAAAACAGAUGAAGACAUCCUUACGGAGGUCGAAACUGAAGGCUUUCUAGUAGAUUUGGAAGAGAUCAUGGGAAGAGUAAAAAGAGAAACUUCUUUUCUGAAACCCUCAUCUGUGCCUGCCUUGGAGGAACACUCUACAACGACACACAGUGAAGACAGCAAAGGCCCUACAAGCAAGCCCCAUUUUAGGAAGAGCACAUCCUCUGUUACCUCCAGUAUUUUGUUCCCUGAUACAGAGGGCAGUGGAUCAGGAAUGAGUGAGACAGUUUUUGAAGUUCCUAAGCCUAGUCAAUUCACAAUGACGGCAAUUUCGUCAGAGGCAGCUGAGGGUACAUCCAUGCAAAACAACAAUAAGGAGAAAAUAAAAGAUGCAAAAGGCCGAAAGUUGGAUGCCAGUCCUGUAGACAUACCGAAUAGCGAAGAAUCCAAUUUACCUCCAUCACCUAUUCAAAAGGAUGAUGGACCAUCUACUUGGCUGAUAAUCUUUGCAUUCUGUGUUGUUGUUGGAGCCAUAGUAUGCAUGCUUGCUGCAAUUGCUACAAGAGACAAGUGGUACGGACCGAGACAGAGCAGAAACAUCACAACUGAAGCGCACAACAAAGACUACAGUAAAACAGAAACACUGCCACUGUCAGAGAAAGAGCAGGAGGUAGUGGCACUGAAGAGUGUUGCGAAGCUGAAUGGUAAAACGGAUGACAUUACUGCUACCUGUCUGGAUGAGCAUGAGAAAGAGUAUUUAAUGUAAUGUUUUAAAUCCUGCAUACUGUGUAUUAACAGGUUUGAACUCUUCUGUACUUUUGCACUAGUGAUGUUUUUUUUCUGCUCAGAGUCGCUUC